AUGUCGGGGAAGAUGACACUGUACAAGUUGGUGGUGCUGGGGGAUGGUGGUGUCGGAAAAACGGCGCUCACAAUUCAGUUAUGUCUAAAUCAUUUCGUUGAGACGUACGAUCCGACGAUCGAAGACUCGUAUCGGAAGCAAGUGGUGAUCGAUCAGCAAUCAUGCAUGUUGGAAGUACUAGAUACCGCAGGCCAGGAAGAAUACACAGCACUAAGGGAUCAGUGGAUCCGUGAUGAAGUUUUACAACCAGAUCAAAAUGGUCAAAGAAUCAGCCAGUUCUGGCUCCCCCACCGGCGCCAGCUAUCUAGCUCCCCGAUCAACAAUCCCUCCGGGCCUCCGCUUCCCGUUCCCGUGAUGCUGGUUGGUAACAAGAGCGAUAAAGCUGUCGAGCGAGCAGUGUCCGCGCAGGAAGGCCAGGCCCUAGCCAAGGACUUGGGCUGUGAGUUUGUUGAAGCGUCAGCGAAGAAUUGCAUCAAUGUUGAAAAAGCUUUCUACGACGUGGUUCGAAUGCUCAGGCAGCAACGGCAACAACAACAAGGAGGGCGAUCUCAGGAUCGCCGACCCACUGGCUUGGGUCCCAUGCGCGACCGUGAUGCUGGUCCAGAAUACCCGAAGUCUUUCCGGACUGACCGCGGCGGGCGGCAUCGUGGCUCACUAAAAUGCGCCAUUCUGUGA